AUGCCCGCGCUGCCCCAAGAUGACAUCAAGAUCGUGAUUCGCAUACGUGGCGGUAUCAACAUAGCCAAGGUAGGCCAACUUAAGGUCACCAAAGCAAUUUGCAUGGCUGCUUGCAUCGAACCUAACGAGCGAAGCGAGGACACGAUAUGCCCCAAUUUGAAGCAGAACAUCAUGGUGGUCAGCACACCGUCCGAAGCGAACGCAGCAAAAUACCUCAGGAUCCACAGCAUUUCCAUAGGAGAGCAAACGUUUGAAACCACUGCAUGUAGGACGGCGCCGCACGAAACGUGCAAGGACGUUAUAAGAGGGGUUCCGCUCGAUGAGACGCAGGACUCCAUAAACCGCAAGAUCGUCAACCCACGCAACCCGCUCGCUCUGGCGGCAAAGAGAAUCAAGGAAACUGGCACGGUCAUCAUCGCCUUCGACGGCUUUCGAGUCCCGAACUAUGUCAGAUACGACAAUGCCCUGAUCAAGUGUUCUCUUUACCGCAAGCAGAUCGCCAUGUGCCAUGUGUGCGGCAGACUGGGCCAUCGUGCGGACGUAUGCCCCUCGCACGACGACGCAAUUUGUAAAGACUGUGGACUAGCUAACCCUAACGCAGAUCAUGUGUGCACCUCGAUCAAGUGUGCGCUCUGCGAGGGAAAUCACGUCAAGGCAAACAAGGAAUGCAUGAACCGCUUCCAACUCCCCUACGUCGUCCGAAGAAGACGAGUUGAAAGAAGAAUCGCAGCAAACGCAAGCAAAAGCACCACGAGAUCAGGACCAAUCGCCCCGAGUCAGCACGACUUGCCGCCGCUCAAGAACGCCGAGUGUUGCGCCAUCAACGACAACGUGACCGCCAACGCAGAUGCUCGCUUGUCCGGCGAGCGGGGCCGCUCGAGAUCGAGGAACUGCGGUCGCCUGUCGUCACGAUCGCGAGAACGCUCCAGGAACCCGAGCCAGAGAUCCUCGUCAAGGAUACGAUUCGCCCCCAGCCCACGAGUUGGCGGUGAUGACCGGUUGACGUCGGCCCAACGAGUUCAGCAGCACCAACAGGAGCGACAAGAACAGCAGCAGCAACAGCAGGCCGCCAGCCAGCCACCGUCGAGCCUCAACCGGGUUUCGUCGUCAGAAGGAAGCCGCCCUAACCACGUGGAUGAGCUGCUGAGCAUCACCACUGAAGGCCCGGAACUGCCAGAUGCCCGAGAUGCCACUGACAAUGACCGGCGAAAUUUUUAUCGAUUUUAUUGCAAAAGUGGUGGGAAACCCAGGCAGAUGUAA